AUGUUGGGUAACGCAAAGCAGAACAAAGAAGCAGAAAAGUCGAAUGCCGACAAAGAAACAACAUCAAAGUCAGCAGACACGAAUUUCACAGCAGUGAAAAACGAUAUUGAUGCAGUGAAGUUAAAAAAGUUGCCUUCAUUUUUGCAAACUGACUGCACGAAAGAAGUUCAUUUACAUGUGAUUGAUCGUAUCUCAAAUAUGAAUUUUCUGAUUGAUACCGGAUCAGCCGUAUCCAUUAUUCCUUUAACAGCAAUUACAAUUAAACGCAACCUAGUCCCAGAUGAUCUAAAAUUAUUCGCAGCAAAUAAUUCAUUAAUUAAGACGUACGGUACUAAGAAACUUAGCAUCAAUCUUGGUUUACGACGAAAUUUCAAUUGGAACUUCAUUAUAGCAGACGUCAAAUGUCCAAUCUUGGGCGCAGAUUAUCUGGCGAAAUAUGGUCUAAUUCCAGACAUAAAAUCAAAACGUUUAUUAGACCCGCUUACUACAUUGUCGUCAUCUGGUGCAGUUGAAACCACAUCGAUACGUUCUGUAUACACAUUGGAUCCAAAGUCCAAAUUCUUCACAAUCGUCAACAAAUACAUUGAUUUGUGCAGUGCAAAUAACUAUAGCCUCCCUGAUGCAUCUGUAGUCUGCCAUCAAAUAGUCACUGAUGGUCAGCCAGUACAUUAA